AUGGAAUCGCAGUUCAUCGAAAUAUCGCCGGACACGGUGAUCCAUCUCCGCCUCGUCAAAGAGGCCUCUGUCUCCGACAAGUCCCCUCUCCUAGUCUUCCUGCACUACUGGGGCGGCUCCAGCUCUACAUGGUACAAACUCACCUCGCCAGCAUCGCAAUGGUCCCUGAGCAGCCAAUACGCCAGUGUCGCCCUCGACUUCCGAGGAUGGGGCCAAUCUACAGGGCCUGAACAAGCUGCCGCUGCCACCGCAAAGGACUAUUCAGUCACGCCGAACGCGUCAGACCUUGUCACCGUGCUGGAGCGCCUCAAAUCCAACCCGGCAACAGCGGGCCUAGUCCGAAACGGGAUCGUGCUUAUUGGCCACUCUAUGGGUGGGAAAGUCGCUCUUGCAGCGCUGGGGAAAGCUUCAGAUGAUAUCCUGAGACUUAUCAAGGGUCUGGUUCUAGUAGCACCGGCACCACCAACGCCCCUUGUCCUACCACCGGAAAUGAGCGAGCAGCAAAAACGGGCCUACGAUACAGCAGAGUCGGUGCAAUGGACGGUGCAAAACGUGCUUUCUACACCUCUAGCAAAAGAUGAUGUAUCCCUGAUCGUCAGGGAUAGUCGAGCGGGGAGUCAACUCGCGACGGAAGGGUGGAUUUUGCAUGGAAUGCAGGAGAAUAUCGUUGCGGCAUUGGAUAACGUCUCUUCUCGUGAAAUUAAAGUCAGUGUGCUUGCUGGCGAGCUGGAUGUGGUGGAGCAGAAAGAUCGAGUGAAGAGCGAGGUUGUCGAGACACUGUCUGCAAAGGGGUUUCUGGUGACAUUUGCCGUGGUGGAAGGCGUGAAGCAUUUGAUUCCGUUGGAAAAGCCCGAGGCGGUUCGGCGUGCUGUUGAGGAGUUGCUGGUUAAUUAG